GGAAGCCUGUGGCAGGUGGACGCCCUCCCCACCCCGGGCACUGGGGUGCAAGCCCUGUCCCCCCACUGUCUGCUAGACUCAGGGCGUAGGGCAGGGACUUGGAGGGCCUCAGAUGUCCUUGAGCAGUGCCAGAGGAGGCUUCUCUCUGAGGGCCCAUCCAAGGGACAGAGGCCAGGACCCUGGUGACAGGGACCCUGUGACCGCGAGAGCCUGUCUUCCCACCCCGCCCCUCCACACCCUCUCCUGUGAACCGUCGGUUCCCACGACUGUCAAUCAACCCCAUCUUGCCCAGCCUCAGAGGCUGUGUCCGGGCUGGUGGCUCCGGGCAGGGAGGGACGGCCAGAACCCAGUACCGUUUCCAAGGGUUGAGGACCACCUGCCUGAGAGUCCUGGCACGGGACAGACGCGCCACCCCAGGCCACCCCAGGCAGCCGGCCUGGAGCCAGCGAGGGCAGAGGCCACUGUCCUGCCCCAGGACCAUGAACAGCACUUGCAGCACCGUCUCCUGGCCCCCUGGGCUCAAGCACGUCUUUGCCACCUACUCGGGCACGCUGAUGGUGCUGGGCCUGCUGCUCAACGGCCUGGCGCUCUGGGUGUUCUGCCGCCGCAUGCGGCAGUGGACGGAGACCCGCGUCUACAUGACCAACCUGGCCGUGGCCGACCUCUGCCUGCUCUCCUCCCUGCCCUUCGUGCUCUUCUCCCUGCAGCACACCUCCGACACCCCGCUGUGCCAGCUCUCGCAGGGAAUCUACCUGGCCAACAGGUACAUGAGCAUCAGCCUGGUCACGGCCAUCUCCGUGGACCGUUACGUGGCCGUGCGGCACCCGCUGCGUGCCCGAGGGCUGCGCUCCCCGCGGCAGGCUGUGGUGCUGUGUGCGGCGCUCUGGGUCCUGGUCCUAGGCUCCCUGGUGAUCCGCUGGCGCCUGGGGCUGCAGGAGGGCGGCUUCUGCUUCCGGAACUACGCCCGGCACGACUUCAGCAGCAGCACUUUCUCACUACUGGGCUUCUACCUGCCACUGGCUGUGCUGCUGUCCUGCUCCCUGCAGGUGGUGACUGCGCUGGCCCGGAGGCCAGCCUCCGAAGCCGGCCAGGUGGAGGCCACCCACAGGGCUGCCCGCAUGGUCUGGGCCAACCUGGUGGUGUUUGUGGUCUGCUUCCUGCCGCUGCACAUGGUGUUGACGGUGCAGGUGGCCAUGGGCCUGUCCUCCUGUGCAGAGCGCAAGGCCUUCAGCCGGGCCCUCUUCAUCACCAGCAGGCUCUCGGAUGCUAACUGCUGCCUGGACGCCGUCUGCUACUAUUACAUGGCCAAGGACUUCCAGGAGGCCUCCGCGCUGCCCACGCCCGCCGGCACCAAGGCCCACAAGAGCCAGGACUCUCUGAGCCUCGCCCUCACCUAGGGGGCACUCGCUGUGGGCCAGGUCUCAGGGCUCCGGGAGGGGCAGCUUGCCGGGGCACCUGGGGCCAGCGUGGAGCCCCGAGACAGACCCUGGCCUCACCCUGGUCUGUGGGCCCUCUAGGAGGCCAGUGGAAGGGCUGGACCCAGGUCUGCCGAGCCUCGGUGGCUUCGUUGCUAUCCUGGGAAGGGACAGGGACAGCAGCCAGAGGAUGACUCCUGAGGGGGUCAACCCCAAGGACCCUGGGACAGGGACACACAGCUGUCACCCUAGAGCUGACUCCCUUGGGGCACCGGGUGGGGCCUUGACAGCCUGCCUUCUUCUGUGGACCCCCUGGGCGGGGACAAAGCUGUCCGCUGCGGCAGGCUGGCAGGGCCCUCUGUCACUUUCACCCAGUCCUCGCCCUGGGUGGGGCUGCAGUGGCCUGGGUGUCUCCCUCCUUCCCACUCUUCCUCCCAGGCCCCUGCCCCUCUGCUGAGCCUGGUCUUUCUGGCUUGGCGGCCCUGGGGGCUCUUAGGACAUGCUGAAGCCCUCCUGAGGCGCCAGGCCCUGGCUCCGCCCCCCACUCCCCUGCAAAUGCCACCCAGCGCUUGCUGCCUGAUGGACACCCACCCCUCCCUCCCACCGCCCCCUGCAGCCUCUGAGGGGACCUCAGGCAGCCUUGGCUCCAGGCCCGUGGGGUGCGGCCUGCAGCGAGGUCCUGAGGCCCUUUAUGGAGGUGGGGCUCAGCCACUCCCACCAGAGCAUCCACCAGCACCCGGAGCUGCUGCCCAGGCCCAGGGCACCCAUCCCCAGGCGCCCUAGCUUGUUACCACCUGCCAGUCUGCCUCGGACACUCCCCGAGCCCCAUGCCUGCACUGGGCAUGGCCGGGUCACACUGUCCUGGGCAGUGUCAGGUGAGCAGGGCAGGGACAGUGCUAGGCAGCUGGCAAGGCCCUGUCCUGCACUGUCCCCCCUUCCUGUCUGCCGUUUCCUGCUGCAGGUAGCCCUGCCUGUGCCCGGAACAGCACCGCCAGCUUCCCUGGGAUGGGGCCCACCACGUCCACUCCGUGGCCUCACCCUGCCUUGGGCUGAGCUCCCCAUACCCCUUGGUCCCUCCAGAAUCCUUCCCAGCCCUCACAGAAACCCCACCCUCUGGACAUGUAUCCCUGCCCACCGGGUGGGCAGUUUCCCUGACCCUGACCCCCAGACUUACACUUCCAAGAGGCAGGAGGUCCACUGAGGGUCUUGCCCUAGGCUGGGAGUCUGCAGCCUGGCCAGUGGGGCCGAGGGGUCUGCAGUCCCCCUGUUCUGCCUCUCGCCGGGACUGGGGGUCCAGGGGGACAGGCGGACCAGGCUGCAGGCUCAGCUCAGGGAACCAAGGGUGGCAAAGAGCUGCAGGUGAGGGGCCAGGUGGCAGGAGCUUCCAAGAGCCCAGUCCUGAGAGAUGCCUGCAGGGCCACCAUGCACAGGCCUGGGCUGUCCCCCCAGUCACCAGCUGUGCCCAUGGGCUCUGACCACCAGAGCAGAAGGAAGGAGAGCACCGGAGAGGGAGAGUGUGGGCCUCUGUUGUGGCCAGGCUCCCUGCCUGGGUCCCGUCUUGCUGGACACAUGGCCCUCCUUGGCUUCCUUGCCCACACAGGGAGAUUGGGGGAUGGGGGUCUCCAGCUGCUGCACCCCUCAACCCAGCCUUGGCUUGGGGAUGUAGAGCCAAAGCUGCCCGUGUGGAUGCCAUCUCACCCUGGAGCAACCCCUCUGACCUUGGGCAGCAGGGUGACCCCAGGGCCCUGACCACUGGGUGAGCCAGCUUCUGGCGUGGGCAGAAGGCAGUUAGCUGGCUGCCCUCGCCUCUUGCCCCCAAGGCCUGCCUGUGCCUGGUAUCAGCCUGACCUUGGCCUCGCCUCUUGCCCCCAAGGCCUGCCUGUGCCUGGUAUCAGCCUGACCUUGGCCCAAGCCACUGGGAGAUGAUUCAACACACUCACCGAGCAGGCCCCCGGCCUCCACCCUAUGUCCUGCUGUGCACAAGCAGGGGAAAGGAGAGGAGCCUACCGCCCAGCACUGCUGGCCAGGCUGAGGGAGUGCCCCUCAGGUCCGGGUCUGCUCCCCUUGGGUGGUGGCCAGGACGACUUCAGGGUCCAUUGCCUGGACCCCUCCUGGGCCCACCUCAGAUCUGGCUUCCUGGCACUAAGUGCUAAAGCCUGGCCUCCCAGGGUCUGGGGCGGCGUCUUGCUACGAGGGCAGAGUGUGCUCAGACCCCUGUCCUUCCAGCCGGCGUGGGAGCAGGCCUCCGGGUGACUCCCAGGCCCGAAGGGAGUCUCUCUCCAGGAGGCCCCCAAGUCCCCUGCCAGCAGGCGAGGCCUCGUCUCUGUGGCCACAGGGCAGCAAGCCCAGGUCCCCGUCUUCAUGACCUCAGUCCUGGUGUAGGACUCGUGUAGCCCAACCCAGGCUCAACCUUUCCCUGCCAGGGUGCCUGGCGGAGGCUCUGCCUCGCGGUUGGAGGGAGAUUUCCAGAGGCUCCAGGUCCCGGGAGUCGCCUGCUGAGGAUCGGCUCUGGGACCUGGAACUGAGAACACAGGGCCGUAGGGCUGACCGCACCCUGGGCACCCAGUGGCGAUCCUUCCAGUAGCCUGUCCCCUGGGGGGUGCCGCCAGCCAUAGUCCUCCCGAGGGCACGUGUCCCCGGCCGUGUCUGCGGUACCACCUGCUAGACCCAGGGUGCCGCUGAGGAGGACGCGGGGCACACCAUCUGCUGAGAGGACCAGAGGAGUGCGUGUGGAGGACAGGGUCUGAGCACGUGUGGGGCGGGGAGAGGACAGGCAUCCUGCAGGGGCCGAAGGAGCCUGGGCCAGUGCCCGCAGUGGGCGGCAAGGAGUGGUCCUGCCCAUGGGCCAGGAGGGACCUCUGUGGGGGCACCCUGCUCUAGCUUGCCGUCUUGGUCAUGGGCAUUUUGUAAAACUGUUGAUGGCUACUGGGACCCAAAGCCUAGGAGGCAGAGCUGGGCCUCUGCGGGCCCCCCCCACCCCCGUGUUCCCCUGCCCCUCUGCUGGGCCGUCGGGAGCAGCCAGGGAACAGCCAGCUGUGCUGUGGGCCUUCACGGUGGGAACGCUGCUUCCCCAGAGGCCAUCUGCAGAUGGUCGCCCGUGGCUGGGCCGGAGUUAGCUCCUGCUGUCCCCACGGAGGGCGAGUGUGGAACCCUAAGUGGACAGCCGCGGGCAGCAGGUUAGCAGAACAAGCCGACUGAGUCCCCAGAGCAGGCACAGCAGGGCUGCGUCAGCCACCAGGAAACCUUUCCUGUGAAGGGUGCAGAGCAGACUCCAGCUCUCCUUCAGAACUGGGCCUGCUGCCCCGGGAGCGCCAAAGCAGCCGGGGGUUCAGGAGCCGGGGGCGCCGCCCGGUACACCCAGCCGCCCUCCCUCUACAGAAAGAGGCAGCAGUAGGAGGCCCUGAGCUGAGACUGCCGUCUUUCCUUGGGUCUGGCCACCGACAUUCCGCCUCACUCUCUGGCCUAAAUGAGCCUUUUCACCGCAGCAUGAGCUCCCACCCCACCUGACCCCAGCACCGGCCCCGGGGGGCAGCACCAGCUCCUGCCUCAGCCCAGCCACCUGCAGCCAGCUCCCACCAGGUCAGAGGGCACUGAGGUGGCGGCGCAGAGCCCCCAGGACCCCCUCUGGUGAGCGCGGUUUGUUGGCAGAGCCAGAGCGCCUCAGCAGAGCGUCCGGUCACUUAAGCCUAGGGCUGGGCUGGGCUGCAAGGAGAGGCAUCGAGGGCCAAGAGCCAGCCACCGACAGGCUGCCACGGGAGGUGUCUCCAGGAAGUGCUGUUCAUCGGGCAAGGGCCCAGGCCUGGGGGGCUGUCCGAAGGGGAGCAGAGAGGGGAGGUGGGCUGCGCCAGUAGUGGGCCUCCAGGACCUCUGAGCUCUGUGUCCUGGGCCCACAGACACCAGUCGCCCCUGGCGAGGGGCUGGCCGGGGGCUGGUGAGCUCCUGGCGAGGGACAACAGGGCCCGUCCUUCAGGUCUGCAUCUUGGUGGGUGAGGAGGUGGCAGGACUGCAGGCAGGGAGGUCUCGUGACCUCGAGGACGCUUGCCAAGGCAGGCGCCUGCAGGGGCCUAAAGCUCAGUGGCAUGGUGGCUGACGAGGACAUGGUGGCAGAUGUCUCCAGGCCCCGAGAAGCCACUGGACCCGGCUCUGCCUGGCCAGGUGAGCUUCUGGCUGCAGAGGGGUGCGACCUGGAGGUGAGGACGGAAGGGAUCAGGUGGCUAGGGUGCUGGUGGAGGUGUGCAGAGGGGGUCCUGAGGGCCCCGGCGCCAGGGAGCCUGUGUUGCUUCCGCAGGGGGUCCUGGGGGCUGAGUCCUCCUUGUGUCCAUGGCCCCUGGGGCCUCCACUCCCAGGCUCACAAGCAUGCAGCUAGAGUGUCAGGCCCUGAGCAGCCCUUGGGGUGGCAAUAGACAUGAUGCGGACUUUGCCAGGGCCCCUCAAACACGGACUGUACCACACUCACCCUCUUUACACUAGAUGCCCGACCUGUCCCACCCCACGUGGGGCAUCUGACAGAGUCCACUUCAGGUCUCCAGGGAAAUGAGGCCAGAACCGGAGCUUCUAGCCAGCCAGGAGGGAUGGUGCACACCUGUAAUCCCAAUGACUCAGAGGCUGAGAUAGGGGGGUUGCAAGUUUGAGGCCAGCCUUGGCCACUUUGAGGCCCUAAGCAACUUAGCAAGACCCUGUCUCAAAAAUAAAUAAAUAAAUAAAAAUAAAAAGAGCUGAAGAUGGAGCUCAGUGGUCCCUAAGUUCAAUCCUCAGUAGAACAACAAAAAAGAACCGGAAUUCAAAGUCUCAGGCAGGAGAAGCCUCCACUGUCCCAGCCUGGCUGGACUGAGAUCAGCUCCCUGCCAUUUUGGGGGACCCAGAAAGGUCAGCGGUGGCCAUCAGACUCGGGCCUCCUGGGUGAAACGUGAGUGCAGGGCGGGAGCUCUGCUGUUCUGAGGGCCACAGGCCUGAGUACAGGGCAGGGCCUCUGGCCACAGGCUCAGCCAGACCCAGGGUCACCUCUGCUCCAGGAAGAACCCGAGUCCCUCCCGGGGCCGGAACUUUCUGCAGGGCACUCAAGACACAGAGGCUGAGGAGUGGCGGGGCCACCCUCAGCCAAGAACACACGGCUCAGCCAUCGAUGGCUCCAGCAGGACAGUCUCAGUGCCCUCUGCACACAGAAGCUGCCCCGUUACGAUGGAGAAGCAAUGUGUCACCACGGAGGCCACCAUCCUCCCAGGUCACUUGGCCUCCUUGGGAAGGAGCCUGUGCUCCCCCAAGGGUGGCAGGUGACAAGUCCUGACUGUGCUUUGAGGGUCUAAGGACAGGUGGCCAUCUACCGCUGAGGCCAGGUCUGACCGCAGUCCUACCUGCUGGCAGUGUAGAGGGGUGGACGGCAACCAGGUCACGUGGCAGGCUGGGUUUCCGGGAGCUCCUGUCCCUGGCCACUGCCCCUCGCUUCCUUGAAGGACGCAGAGCUCUAAACUCUCUGCCACAGUCAGCGAGGGUGGGGUGGACAGAGAAGGGUGGGGAGAGCUUGACCUCUGAGGUCGUUCCCGGGCUGGCCUUGGAGUACCCAGGGGCCUGUGCCACCUACAGAAACCCCAUAAAACGUGCUCUGGGAGCCCCAACUCUGCCCGAUAUCACUCAGGGUCGGAGGCAGAGGAGAAGGUUUCCAGGAGACGUGGGAGGCCAGGUGCCUCUCUGGGCUCCACAGGGUUGGGGCUGAGGGCCGGGAGGCAGAGUCCACACGGGCAGGUCUCCAGGGCUGCCAACACACCAGGCCACAAGAGCACCAAACCAAGACGUGCUCUGGCCAACUCCAGCGAGCGGUCCUGCGCCACAGAGGACCGCGAGCCCCCUGUCCACAGCUGCGGACAAGCCCCCAAACUCACUGAGUGCUGCUCCAGGCCUCACUAGCAGACCACGACUCAGAAGGGCCCCAGGAGGCGGCAGGUGGCGUGGGGUUGGCUGUCCCCACCCCGUACAGCAGGCACGGAGGGGACUGUCCACUGGGCAUCUCUCGUCGCCGUCUCUAGGGCAGGCCCAGCUUAGGUGGAGCAGCUGGACCUCCACACAGCAGCAAGACCAGACGGGGAGGCUCGGGGGCGGGUGGCAGCAGGGGAAACAGGGUUUCUGGAUCCCUGGGAGACAACCCUGGAGCACGGGGCAGAGAGGUGUGGGUCUGCUCACAGUGUUUGUGAACCACUUACCAGUAAGAGUCACAUUUAUAUGAUGCAUAUUUACAAAACACUAACCUAAAAUUAUACUUCUGCCAGUCUCCACUUGAGAUGUGUGAUUACUCAGAUCAUAACAAUAAAACCAAAGAGAAAACAUCGAUACUCUUUUAGAAGACAAAACAAAGUUCUCGCUGUGUUUCUGUGUUUUUUGUCCCACUUUCUAGUAUAACAAAGUAUUUUAAUUACCCUUCCUCCAAAUAGAACACCAUGAAAAUACUUGUAGGAGUUGGAUCUCAGUAACCCACAGCUAUAGAACAUAGUCCAAGAAUUACAAUCUCUCUGA